UCUCAGAGUCGCAGCAUCCGAGCUGGGUGUCCGCCGCUGCAGGGAUGCAGCCGUGCCAGGGCAAAGCUGGGGCUGUCCCCAGGGCUCAGGCUGGGCCAAGCCCGGCAGGUUUCGGGUGCCACAGGGAAGAGCGCACCAGGCAUGUCCAGCCCAUCCCGCUCCCGGCCAUGCAGCAGAACUUGAACUACGUGUACCCCCAGAUCUUUUGGGUGGACGGCUGUGCUGAUGCAGGUGCUUCCUGCUCCCCGGCACCACCCGUGGGUCCUUUCCCACCACCGGUACCCGACCGGAGGAGAAAGCCACGGAACAACAGGGGAAGGAGAAGCGUCGGCUUCCUCGUGAUGUUCUUGCUGAUCCUGGUGGCCUUCACUGGAGUGGGGCUGUGCAUGUUUAAGAUUUUUCACCUGGAGAAGGAACUGGAUGAACUCAGAGAGUCUGCCAGCGCUGAGCACAUCCCUCCAGCUUCAGAGAAACUCACGGGGCAGAAGGAGCAGUCACUGCAAAAGGAAGCGAGGAAGGCAGCCCAUCUAACAGGGAACCCAGCCCAGCGAGACCUCCCUCUGGAGUGGGAGCCCAUCUCUGGCCAUGCCUAUACCAGUGGCGUCCAGUACCACAACCGGGGGCUGGUCAUCAACGAGCCCGGGCUGUACUUUGUGUACUCCAAUGUCCUCUUCCGCAGCAGCGCCUGUGACAGCCAGGUCCUGUCCCACGUCGUGUACAAGAGAAACCCAAACUCUCCGGGCAGCCUCGUGCUCAUGGAGGACAAAGGCAUCAACUACUGCACAGGGCAGAGGAUGUGGGCCCGGAACAGCUACCUGGGGGCUCUCUUCAAGCUCAGGAAGAUGGACAGUUUGCAUGUCAACGUCUCCAAAAUCGCUCUGGUUAAUUUUGAGGAAUCCAAGACUUUCUUCGGCUUGUUUAAGCUUUGAAAUGGAGCAUGGCUGGCAGCCCCUUCACACACACACACGGAUAUGUGAGGGGUGAGUGCUGCCUGGGCACAGUGGCACCACAAAACCCAUUGAGAAACCAUGUUUGAGUUUCCCAGCAGGAGGGGGUUCAAGCAACUGGUAAAGGCUUGAAAGCAGACACCUGGAAAGCACUGUACUGCAUCAGCCUGAAGAGAAUUGCACAUAUUCUCCUUACAAAAACCCCUGACAAACUCAAAACAUAGCGUGCUGAAGACCCUGUUGGAACUCACUACUUGCUACCUGAGAAGAUACUGGGACCUGCUGCUCCACGUGGUGUCACGGCCCUGGUGGGGACAGCUGGUGGGUGGGUGUUAAGGAGGUGCCUGAGUCAUGGCAUGACACCACAGUGGGAAUGAGUAGUGUGAACAACUGCUCCCCCUGAGCCACAGCUGGCCACCCUGCCCAGCACUGUGACUGCUGUACCACAGGCACUGCCGGCUAGCUGGGCUGGAACAGGUGCUGUGCUCAUUUUGUGUUAUCGACCACUCCCAUCCCAGAAAAUGCUCCCCAACCCCUUUAUUUAACUCAUCCCAACAUGCCAGAAGCAGCAGUGCCAUGAGGGGUGUCCCAGAAGUGGAAGCCUGACCGCACCGUGGUGGUGGGGAUGGUGGGGUGACCACAGGCUCUGCUGAUGUAAUCUGAGCAACACAGCAGUGCAGAGCAGUGGGGCUUGAGGUGAAAGCAGCACCUCAAACCCCCCCUCCUGCCCCUGCAGCACAUGAGGGUCCUCCAUGGAGGUCUGGUCUGCCACCCCUUUCAUGAUGCAGGUGGUGACAUGCUGGCACCUGUCAAUUGCAUGACUUCAGCUGGGCCCCUUGUCAUGAGUUGUUCUCUCCUGAGCAAAACACAGAUGGUAAAUAUAUAUUUUUCUAGUGAAUGGUACUGUCCUCUCCUCAUUUGGUGCAACAGGCUUCUGCCAUGGUCAAAGCACUGCAAGGCCUCUGUGAUCAGGGGUCAGCAUCUCAUUCCUUCUCCAGCAGUGUGGCAGAAAUCUGGGAGUCUCAUCCCACUUUGCUGCCUUCUUGGCAGUGCCCAGUGUCCUUUCCAUGAGGCUUUGGAGCUCCAGCAUCAAAACUGGAUCUGGGGAUGGGGGAGGUAUGGUGUGGGCAGCACAGACCAGGCAGCCCAAGCCCACUUUGACCACCAGGAAGGACCUGAGCUCAAACCACAGUUUUGAGCUUGAGUGGAACCGGGGUGCUUUUGGCUGAGCAGAAAUGCUGCUGUCCCCAAAGGCGCCAUCUGUGUGAUCUCUGGCCACAGAAGCCCUUCUCACAGAGUGGUCUGAAGGGCAAAGAAAUGGUGUAAAAAAAACCCCAAACCCUAUUUGUUCCUCCUGGUGUCAGGUCCAUGGAGUUCUAACCCUGGGGCUGCCACUCACAUUGCCACCAGGCAGGACACAAAGGCUGUAGCUGUGGUACAUCAUCACCUUUGCCUGGGCUCCUGCCUUCUUGCAGCUCUGCUGUUGGUGUCAGUGAGUGUGGCUCUUCAGCAGACUGAAGUAUUUGUUUCCUUUUCCAUGGUGCUGCUCUCAGCUUGGUGCUUGUGGCUUGUAGUUUGUGCUGUUUGCUUCAGAGAAGUUUAUUUCUUUGAAUCUUCUCAGGGGUCUGGCUACUGCUGUGGCCAGUGUGAAGGGAAAACUGCGCCCCUGUUCAUGCAGCCAUUGCUGAUAUUUCUACUGCAUUUCUCAGGAUGGAAAGUAUCUCAAAAGGAUGAAGCUUAGGGACUUUAUGGCUUGACUGAUUCUUUCUCACUGCCUUUGCCCCUGCACGUAUCAGAGGGGCAAACUGCACAGCGCAGAGGUGGAGCUGCUGGACCCAGACCCUUCCAGGAAAGGCUGGAAAUUGCUGUCCUCUUCUGAUUGCUGUUUGUGUUGUGUUGCUCUCCUAGUGAUGAGGCAUCCAAGUGGGGAGUGGGAAUCUGCAUGUAUAUGUGCCUGCAAGCUUGCAGCUGUCUCUGUAGCCAAACUAGCCGAGCACAUCGUGUGCUUCCCUUCUUUACCGGGAAGCAGCCUGGAGAGAAGCAGGGCAUUCCGUGCCCAUAGGAAGCCUGCCCUGAAGUUACUCUGUCUGCUAGUACGGUGUUGGAAGGGCUGGAACGAUCCCAAAGGCUUCUCUAGGUCAGCACCCAGUAACUCAUGCAGGCUGUGGCUGUAGUCAGCUCUGGGGCAGGAUGAGCACUUGCACUCACUGUGUACCAGGAAGGGACAAGAUCUGUCCUUAUCUGAAAUGCUAAAGGCACCACAGACCUGCAUGUUUUGGAGGCAGUGGCACAGUGGGGUGGACAGUCUUGUUACAAAAUAGUGCCGAGUCUCCUGAGGUGAACAGAGCUGGUUUAUCCCUGCGGGAUCAAGCUGCGGCUCUGAGACUCGCUCCUGAGUCAGAGCGGCCGUGACCACGCGCAGUCAGCGGCUCAGCUGCCAGUGAGACACGGUUCUGCUCGGUGAUCCCUUCCUCAAAUAUCCCUCUAAACUGCCCAGAGCAAAGCCACUGCUCGUGGGCUCGGACUAAAGAUUGGAAGUGAGGCCAUGACAGGAUUACACAAUUGCAAGCUGCAUGGAGUCAAUUCAUGGGCUGCUUGUGCCACACCGACUUUAUUAAAGUCAUCUGCUUAUCUAGCUAAUUAGCAUUUAUUUAAAGAAAUUUUUGCUAAUUGUUACCAUUAAAUACUCAAUGAGUAUUAAAUUCUGACAUUAGGCUCUCUCAGGCUGAGAGAGGUGGGGUUAUUCAUCCUGGAGAAGUUUCCAGGGAGACCUUAGAGCCCCUUCCAGUGCCUCAAGGGGCUCCCACAGAGCUGGAGAGGGAUUUGUGACAAGAACAUGGAGUGACAGAACAAAGGGGAAAUGGCUUUAAACUGAAAGAGUGUAGGUUUAGAUUGGACAUUGGGAAGAAAUUCUUCCCUGAGAGGGUGGUGAGUCAGGUUGCCCAGAGAAGCUGUGGAUGCCACAUCCCUGGAAGUGUUCAUGGUCAGGUUGGACAGUACUUUGAGCAACUUGGUGUAGCAGAAGGGGUCCCUUCCAUAAACAGGGGUUGGAGCUAUCGUUAAGUCAAACUAUUCUGUGAUUUUUAAUAGCUCUUGGA